GCUCGGCCCGCUCGGCCCCUGCUCACCGUCGGGGCGGCCGGCAUGUGGCGGGCCCUGCCGCUGCUGGCCCUGGCCGGGCUGCUGCUGCUGGGGCGGCCGCCGCCGGGGCAGGGGGCGGCCUGCGAGCCCGUGCGCAUCCCGCUCUGCAAGCCGCUGCCCUGGAACAUGACCAAGAUGCCGAACCACCUGCACCACAGCACGCAGGCCAACGCCGUGCUGGCCAUGGAGCAGUUCGAGGGGCUGCUGGGCACCAACUGCAGCCCGGACCUGCUGUUCUUCCUGUGCGCCAUGUACGCGCCCAUCUGCACCAUCGACUUCCAGCACGAGCCCAUCAAGCCCUGCAAGUCAGUGUGCGAGCGCGCCCGCGCCGGCUGCGAGCCCGUGCUGGUCCGCUACGGCCACGCCUGGCCCGACAGCCUGGCCUGCGACGAGCUGCCCGUGUACGACCGCGGCGUGUGCAUCUCCCCCGAGGCCAUCGUCACCGCCGAGGGCGCGGAUUUCCCUAUGGAUUCUAAUAAUGGCAACUGUAGAGGUGCCGGCAUUGACCGCUGCAAGUGCAAGCCUGUAAAAGCCACCCAGAAGACUUACCUACGCAACAACUACAACUACGUCAUUCGGGCCAAAGUGAAGGAGGUGAAGACUAAAUGUCACGAUGUCACUGCAGUCGUGGAAGUCAAGGAGAUCCUGAAAUCUUCCCUAGUGAACAUUCCAAAGGACACUGUAAACCUUCACACGAAUUCUGGCUGCCUGUGCCCACUGCUCAGUGCCAAUGAAGAAUACAUCAUUAUGGGCUAUGAGGACAAGGAGCGCUCCAGGUUACUCUUGGUGGAAGGCUCCAUAGCUGAGAAGUGGAAGGAACGUCUUGGUAAAAAAAUAAAGCGCUGGGAUCAGAAGCUGCGGCACCUGGGCAAGGGGAAGGGAGAGCCCAGCCACGACGCGGCUCCGAGGGCUGGCGGUGCCAGCAGCGCCCGGCAGGCACGCAGCUGAACCUGGGAUCUGCAGGGCACAUGCAGGGGACUGUCUGCCAAGACUUCACUGUUGGAGCAGCCAAGGAGAAAUUGCACUAUUGCACGUUAUAUUCUAUUGUUUACUACGGAAUAAUGUUUUAGCUUUUAUUAGUUUUUGUUCUCCCUCUUGUUUUUUCCGCCUUUUUCUUUUUGGAUAUGUGCAAGUUCUGGAAAUGUAUUUUUUUUUCUGUUACUAAGAACUGUAGAAAACUGCCCUUAUGAGAUGAAGAAAGGCAAGGACAUAUUCGAUUUACCUUUUUUAUCUCCUGAAUCUUCUUUGGGAGAAAAUUCUGAUGCAAGCAGGGAUGAAAUCUGGCAAAGACCAUUGCUUAAAGUCAUGACUCACACUGGCUUUCCCUGUUCACUCUUUCUUGGUCACUGUUUGCUGAAACUUGCUCUGUUCUGUUAUCUGGGUUUAAGUGUAUCAUUUUUUAUUCUGAAAUAUAAUUCUGAAAUACAUAAAAAUCUUUUUCUUAAGAGAACUGUUUGAAUCAGUACAGCUUUAUUAAGUUUUCUUAGAGAUAAACAACUUGUAUAAGGCAGAGUCUAACUUUAAAUAUUUCCUGCAAUAAACACAAUGUGCAUGUACACAGGGAAUCUGGGUUUUCCAGUGCUUUGGACCUUAAAGGAAAGAUUGUCUAGUUCUGUAACCAUAAUUUAUAACAUGCUUCUUCUCUUAUAAUGGCAGUUUUUUCCCCCUUUUCUCAGCUGAGUUAUAGGAGUAGACACACUCACCAGGCCUGCUUCUCAGUACAGGUCUGCAGUUUAGCCUUUUGAUUUUGUGGUGUUAUUCUUAAAUCCUUGCCUAUAUAAACAAAUGUUCAAUCUCAGUAACAUAUGUCCAAUAAAAGAAUUGUAGUUGCCAA